AUGCGCGCAAAGGCUUACUUGCUUGAUCCACUCACUGCACCUGAACCUAGCCAGGAAACCGGACCUGGAAGCUCAUUCAUCAAUCCCGAUCCAUUGCUUCGUACUUUCUCACAGAGAAAGAAAGGGAAAGACCCGGUCCAGCCGAGCGAUAAGAGCCAGAGAAGUCAUAGGAGCCACAGCCAGGCUUCGUCGUAUCCAACCCCGCCUACUUCCGCGAGCCCAACACGCUCCAGCUUUCACUCUUCGAACCCGUUCUCACCCACUUACAACAACCGCGCAUCACUGCCCUCGCCCAGAGAACCCGGUUCACCUGCUUCGUCCUCUGCUCCUCACAGGCCUCUAGGUCGCAGCACCAGUGUUCGCAACAGUCUGCCUCCGAGCACUAGCGUCACACGGAGCUUCAGCGCGCGCAACCGGCCUAUCAACGAGGAAGAAGGUCGUGCCGACCCGUCUGUCCAGCGCAGCAAAAGCGUAAACCAUCACAACGUCCCUAGCGGUCUCCGUCGCUCCGGUUCAUUGAACCAAAGGUACAACGGCGAUAUGUCUCACCGACCUCUGGACAUGCUCAAGAAGGAGCAUCGCGCAGCAGACCGCGCUCCUCACCUUCGCACUCGCAAGAACGGUGCUAUGACCGACACCAUUGACGGGCUCGACACCAUAGGUGGUGUCUACCACCAUGGCGGCCCGUAUGACGCCACUUUGGCGUCCCGCAACCGCAACAAGCAGUACGCCCCAGUUGAGGCCGUCAAGGAAUCCAACGAGGAGGCUUUGAGAGCAACUCCCCGUGAAUACAUCCAAGACUCCCUUACCAAGCAUGUUCCUCUUCAAGGAACCGGCACCGUCCCCGUCGGCAGCAGCGACAUGCGCGGCAACGUUAUGAACUAUGAGGAGGGAGCGGACCUCAUGCGCGAGCCUGACGCGCAAGGCGGUGCUUACAAACGAUGGGACGGAAUCCCGUACCAUCCUGAUGAUCUCAAAGGAAAGGGCGAGCCUUCGUACACCUACGAAAGAGAUCUUAAGGAGAAGAAGCGCAUGCGCAAGGCGUCCCUCGGCAACGGCCCUGUUGAGUACGAGAUGCAUCCCGGUGCCAACAGCCAGUCACGAAAGAAUCUCGGUGCCACGGUUCGUCAGCGUAGCGUGAGCAAUGCCGCCGACGGGAGGCCCGGCCCAUCAGAGACGCCCGCCGGACAGUCAAACAGCGCAGAUGUGCGCCGUCACAACAGCACUGGCAAGCGUCUUAGUGACGGUCUGAAGCGCCGCUUCGGAAGUAUUCGUCGAAAACAUCAAGCUGCAGCCUAG